UUUGCUUCCUAUUUUUCUCCCUUGUAUCUAUUUAUUAUAUUGACCUUUAUAUCUAUCACACCGCCUUUUUUCCUCCUUCAUUUCAUCUCAUUUCAUUUUCUUAUGUCUCUCAUUUGUCUCCUUUUGUUGCCCUUUUUUUAUUUAUCUUUUUAAAAUCUUUACCUUUUCUCUUCUUUCUUCUCCUGCAACUUUCAUGGCGGUUUUACCCACCUGCUCCUCUAACUUGGAAUUGACAAUAUCUGUUCCUGGCUUCUCUUUUUCCCCUUCUAUUCCUUCUUCUGGUCAUGAACGGUGUUCUACAGUGCGAGAUUUGGAUAUAAACCAAGUACCAUCGGGAGGAGCAGAAGAUGAAUGGAUCACAGCAAGCAUGGAGGUUGAAGAAGAAAGCUGGAAUGGAGCCCCUCCUCGCAAAAAACUUCGUCUUACAAAAGAGCAGUCUCGCCUUCUUGAAGAAAGUUUCAGACAAAAUAAUACCCUAAACCCUAAGCAGAAAGAAGCAUUGGCUUUGCAGCUGAAGCUUAGGCCAAGGCAGGUUGAGGUUUGGUUCCAGAACCGUAGGGCCAGGAGCAAGUUGAAACAGACAGAGAUGGAGUGUGAAUACCUGAAGAGAUGGUUUGGAUCACUGACUGAACAGAACCGGAGACUUCAAAGGGAGGUGGAGGAGCUUAGGGCCAUGAAAGUAGGGCCACCAACAGUGAUUUCACCUCACAGCUGUGAACCUCUCCCUGCAUCAACCCUUACAAUGUGCCCUCGGUGCGAGCGUGUGGCCACCACUGCCCAUGACAAGGGCCCCACUAAAGUGACCGCCGCCACCACCACUGCCACCGCAUUGUCCUCUAAAGUUGGGACAUCAGCACUCCAAUCAAGGCCAUCUUCGGCGGCUUGUUAAUUAGUCAGGCUUAAUGACCCACGUAAGAGGGUUUUAAAAGAAAAAAGAUUUAGGGAAUGUUCAUAGUAGUUUACACACAAUGUAAGGGAUAGAUACUACAUAUUGGUAUCUAAUCUACAUAGGGAUUUUACUUGCUUUUGCUUUGUCUUUAUUUUAUCGAUCAAUCUUUUAUUGUUAUUGCCUAUUCAAAAGCCAACAAGCUGUUAAAAACCCACAAUUUUUUUUUCUUGUGAUUGUUUAGCCUAAAAAAUUACAAAAAGAAUAAGAAAAAGAAUGGGAAGAAGGGGAAAAAAGAUCACUCAAAAUUGGUUUAAAUUGUGGAAAUUAUAUAUGAUUAUAAAUCCUGCUAUUAAUUUUGGUGCUAAGUUAAGAUGAUUUUGUAACGCCUUGAGCCAAAUUUCAACAAAUGUUGAGGCUAUAUGAACAAUCCUAAUCAGCCAAAAUUCAGGCAUUGUCAGGAACACUGAGCAAUUACCAAUGGUAUCCCAAAAAAAAUUCAAUUGUCUUGAAAGAAGGGGGGAGGCUGGUUGGCAUCACAAUAAUGACUUGUGGCAAAAAGUUACGUAAAGUCACUUUCAAAUGAUUUUGCCAGAAGAAACAAAACACACUAAUGUGCGGGAACUUGGUAGCUAGACACAUCUUUCGGGUCGUGGACUAUGAAAAGUGUGAUAACCCUAAUAUCUAAAAAAAGCUCAUAUCAAAUCGAUUAUGAUACCUCACCACAGUUCUAACCUUUAGACUUUGUCGGCUAAUUAAGUUGGGGUUGGUAAAUUCUACUGAAAACUUGGACUUUAAUCACGCCUUCCCCCAAAAGAUGCGAGGUUUGUAUGUGAAAUUUGUAUUAAGAAUUUGGGUUUAUGCUCACUUUUUUAAUUCGGUGAAGGGGAAUUGUAGCUGUCAGCUCUGAGUUGAGGAUCAAAAAUUUAAAAUCAUGAUAGAGAAAGAGAGUGGAUAAAAGUAAAAGU